AUGCAGACAUAUUUGCAUGCGUUACUAGCACUUCCUAAUAGCGCAGAGCUUGCGAGCUCAAAACCAGCAGCUCCAAACGUCACAACGACCGCGUGCGCUUCGAAGACAGUCUACUUUGAGGCAAUCGUUCGUCGCUUAAAAUACCGCAAGCGUCGCGAUGUCGAUGAGCUCCCACAGAACGAAUAUCUCCCACCUGCCGAAGAGGCCCAAGAAACAGUUGUCGAAGAAGUUAGUGAACCCGCUGCUGAAGUAAAGACUGAAUUGGCUGAUGAUGGUUACCGUUACAAAGUCGUACGACGCCUGAAAUACCGCAAGCGUCGCGAUGUCGAUGAGCUGCCACAAAACGAAUAUCUCCCACCUGGAGAAGAGGCCCAAGAAUCCGCAGUCGAAGAAGUUUCUGAACCCGCUGCAGAAGUAAAGACUGAACUGGCUGACGAUGGUUACCGUUACAAAGUCGUUCGUCGCUUGAAAUACCGCAAGCGUCGCGAUGUCGAUGAGCUCCCACAGAACGAAUAUCUGCCACCUGCCGAAGAGGCCCAAGAAACCGCUGUCGAAGAAGCUANCCCAAUAAGGACUGAAUUGGCUGAUGAUGGGUACCGUUACAAAGUCGUUCGUCGCUUGAAAUACCGCAAGCGUCGCGAUGUCGAUGAGCUCCCACAGAACGAAUAUCUCCCACCUGCCGAAGAAGGCCAAGAAACGGCUGUUGAAGAAGUUAGUGAACCCGCUGCUGAAGUAAAGACUGAAUUGGCUGAUGACGGUUACCGUUACAAAGUCGUUCGUCGCCUCAAAUACCGCAAACGUCGCGAUGUUGAUGAGCUGCCACAAAACGAAUAUCUCCCACCUGCCGAAGAGGCCCAAGAAACCGCUGUCGAAGAAGUUUCUGAACCCGCUGCUGAAGUAAAGACUGAAUUGGCUGAUGAUGGUUACCGUUACAAAGUCGUUCGUCGCUUGAAAUACCGCAAGCGUCGCGAUGUCGAUGAGCUCCCACAGAACGAAUAUCUGCCACCUGCCGAAGAGGUCCAAGAAACCGCUGUCGAAGAAGCUAGUGAGCCCGCUGCUGAAGUGAAGACUGAAUUGGCUGAUGAUGGCUACCGUUACAAAGUUGUCCGUCGCUUGAAAUACCGCAAGCGUCGCGAUGUCGAUGAGCUCCCACAGAACGAAUAUCUGCCACCUGCCGAAGAGGUCCAAGAAACCGCUGUCGAAGAAGCUAGUGAGCCCGCUGCAGAAGUGAAGACUGAAUUGGCUGAUGAUGGCUACCGUUACAAAGUUGUCCGUCGCUUGAAAUACCGCAAGCGCCGUGAUGUCGAUGAGCUGCCACAGAACGAAUAUCUCCCACCUGCCGAGGAAGCCCAAGAAACAGUUGUCGCAGAAGUCACAGAACCUGCAGCUGAGGAACAAACCGAGUUAGCUGAUGAUGGUUACCGUUACAAAGUCGUCCGUCGCUUGAAAUACCGCAAGCGCCGUGAUGUCGAUGAGCUGCCACAGAACGAAUAUCUCCCACCUGCCGAAGAGGCCCAAGAAACCGCUGUCGAAGAAGUUUCUGAACCCGCUGCUGAAGUAAAGACUGAGUUGGCUGAUGAUGGUUACCGUUACAAAGUCGUCCAUCGCCUGAAAUAUCGCAAGCGUCGCGAUGUCGAUGAGCUCCCACAGAAUGAAUAUCUCCCACCUGCCGGAGAGGCCCAAGAAACCGCUGUCGAAGUAGUCGCAGAACCUGCUGCUGAGGAACAAACUAAAUUGGCUGAUGAUGGCUACCGUUACAAAGUCGUUCGUCGCUUGAAAUACCGCAAGCGUCGCGAUGUCGAUGAGCUCCCACAGAAUGAAUAUCUCCCACCUGCCGAGGAAGCCCAAGAAACAGUUGUGGAAGAAGCUAGUGAGCCCGCUGCCGAAGUAAAGACUGAAUUGGCUGAUGAUGGUUACCGUUACAAAGUUGUCCGUCGCCUGAAAUACCGCAAGCGCCGUGAUGUUGAUGAGCUGCCACAGAAUGAAUAUCUUCCACCUGCAGGGGAAGUUCAGGAAACAGCUGUUGCUGAGGUCUCUGAACCCGCGCCAGAAGAUGCUACCGUUUUGGCUAAUGACGGUUACCGUUACAAAGUCGUCCGUCGCUUGAAAUACCGCAAGCGUCGCGAUGUCGAUGAGCUCCCACAGAAUGAAUAUCUUCCACCUGCCGGAGAGGCCCAAGAAACCGCUGUCGAAGAAGUCGCAGAACCUGCUGCUGAGGAACAAACUGAGUUAGCUGAUGAUGGUUACCGUUACAAAGUCGUCCGUCGCUUGAAAUACCGCAAGCGUCGCGAUGUUGAUGAGCUGCCACAGAACGAAUAUCUCCCACCUGCCGAAGAGGCCCAAGAAACCGCUGUCGAAGAAGUUUCUGAACCCGCUGCUGAAGUAAAGACUGAAUUGGCUGAUGAUGGUUACCGUUACAAAGUCGUUCGUCGCUUGAAAUACCGCAAGCGUCGCGAUGUCGAUGAGCUCCCACAGAACGAAUAUCUCCCACCUGCCGAAGAGGCCCAAGAAACCGCUGUCGAAGAAGUCUCUGAACCCGCUGCUGAGGUAAAGACUGAAUUGGCUGAUGAUGGUUACCGUUACAAAGUCGUACGACGCCUGAAAUACCGCAAGCGUCGCGAUGUCGAUGAGCUCCCACAGAACGAAUAUCUCCCACCUGCCGAAGAGGCCCAAGAAACCGCUGUCGAAGAAGUCUCUGAACCCGCUGCUGAAGUAAAGACUGAAUUGGCUGAUGAUGGUUACCGUUACAAAGUCGUUCGUCGCUUAAAAUACCGCAAGCGUCGCGAUGUCGAUGAGCUCCCACAGAACGAAUAUCUCCCACCUGCCGAAGAGGCCCAAGAAACAGUUGUCGAAGAAGUUAGUGAACCCGCUGCUGAAGUAAAGACUGAAUUGGCUGAUGAUGGUUACCGUUACAAAGUCGUACGACGCCUGAAAUACCGCAAGCGUCGCGAUGUCGAUGAGCUCCCACAGAACGAAUAUCUCCCACCUGCCGAAGAGGCCCAAGAAACCGUUGUCGAAGAAGUUACUGAACCCGCUGCUGAAGUAAAGACUGAAUUGGCUGAUGAUGGCUACCGUUACAAAGUUGUCCGUCGCCUGAAAUACCGCAAGCGCCGUGAUGUCGAUGAGCUGCCACAGAACGAAUAUCUCCCACCUGCCGAGGAAGCCCAAGAAACAGUUGUCGCAGAAGUCACAGAACCUGCAGCUGAGGAACAAACCGAGUUAGCUGAUGAUGGUUACCGUUACAAAGUCGUCCGUCGCUUGAAAUACCGCAAGCGCCGUGAUGUUGAUGAGCUGCCACAGAACGAAUAUCUCCCACCUGCCGAAGAGGCCCAAGAAACCGCUGUCGAAGAAGUUUCUGAACCCGCUGCUGAAGCAAAGACUGAAUUAGCUGAUGAUGGUUACCGUUACAAAGUCUUUCGUCGCCUGAAAUAUCGCAAGCGUCGCGAUGUCGAUGAGCUCCCACAGAAUGAAUAUCUCCCACCUGCCGGAGAGGCCCAAGAAACCGCUGUCGAAGAAGUUAUUGAACCCGCUGCUGAAGUAAAGACUGAAUUGGCUGAUGAUGGUUACCGUUACAAAGUCUUUCGUCGCCUGAAAUAUCGCAAGCGUCGCGAUGUCGAUGAGCUCCCACAGAACGAAUAUCUCCCACCUGCGGAAGAGGCCCAAGAAACAGUUGUCGAAGAAGCUAGUGAGCCCGCUGCUGAAUUAAAGACUGAGUUGGCUGAUGAUGGUUACCGUUACAAAGUCGUCCGUCGCCUGAAAUACCGCAAGCGCCGUGAUGUUGAUGAGCUGCCACAGAAUGAAUAUCUUCCACCUGCAGAGCAAGUUCAGGAAACAGCUGUUGCUGAGGUCUCUGAACCAGCGCCAGAAGAUGCUACCGUUUUGGCUAAUGACGGUUACCGUUACAAAGUAGUACGUCGCUUAAAAUAUCGUCAUCGGCGUGAUGUCAGUGAACUGGCGCCGACUAAUGAGUAUUUACCACCAACAGAGGAAGUACAAGUGGUGGCGGAGCAACAACCGGAGGAAGAAACAGCUGUGCUCGCUAAUGAUGGUUAUCGAUACAAAGCUGUGCGCCGGUUGAAGUAUCGUCGUCAUUAG